UCUGUUUACUUACUUGGUAACUAAGAGCUAGCUAUAGCAAAGCACUGAACAACAAGAAGACGAUGUGGCAAAGCGUCGGUCUCACUGUGCUGGUAAUUGUGGCCACCCUUGUGUGCGCGUUGCUCUUCAUGGUUUUUGGUUGGUACGUUGUCUGGCAGCUCUUCCUGUCCAAGUUCAAGUUCCUGCGUGAGAUGUUGGGCGACACCGGCUCUCCACAGGCCGAGACCCAGCCUUCCGAAUCCAGGAGCGAACGUACCUCUCCUCCACCCCCACGCCAGAGGCCCAAGACUGCCCGCCAGAGGGCUGUUCCUCCUAAUAGUACUACAUAGAUUACCUCACCCGUCCGCUGUUGGCCACACCAUGUCCUGUUGUUCACCAAACCAGCCGUCCCACUAGGAAACAGUGGUGGACAAAAACCCUUUAAUAAAUCGCAUGAUUUGGAAUGGCAUACUACCCCCAUGUCCGUGUAUACUGCUGCCUCUCCUGAUGAAAUCCACCCCUCCACUCUGCACUCUGCACCCCUCCACUCUGCACUACUAAAGACAUCCUCGUUGAUGACACGUUCUUCUUACUAGACUAGGCACAGCUGCUGAUAUUAUAAAGGGACAAGCCAUCAAAUCAUGGAACAUUCUGUAUGCCACUUGUUCAUGUUUCAAAUAUGUAUUUUAGCUGUUCACAGUGUAUGUACUGAGCAGCAUGUUUGGUCUCUUCACCUGGCCUUCACUGACACUGCAACAUGGUCACCACUAAUUGGCUGACGCUGUAACACGGUCAGCUCUGACUGGCUGACGCUGUAACACGGUCAGCUCUGACUGGCUGAUGCUGUAACAUGGUCAGCUCUGAUUGGCUGACACUGGAACAUGGUCGCAAUGUGGACUCCUGAGUGGCGCAGCGGUCUAAGGCGCUGCAACUCAUUGUUAGAGGCGUCACUACAGACCCUGGUUCGAUUCCAGGCUGUAUCACAACCGGCCGUGAUUGAGAGUCCCAUAGGGCGGCGCACAAUUGGCCUAGCGUUGUCCGGGUUAGAGUUUGGCCGGGGUAGGCCGUCAUUGUAAAUAAGAAUUUGUUCUUAACUGACUUGCCUAGUAAAUAAAGGUUAAAUAGAAUAUUGGCUGACACUGGAACAUGGUCAGCUCUGAUUGGCUGACACUGGAACAUGGUCAGCUCUGACUGGCUGUCAUGCUGCUGACACCUGCAUGGGGAAUCUGUUUCUCCAACAGCAGACAGCUGAGUGUGAGUUCUCUGUCGUGUGUGUGUGUGUGUGUGUGUGUGUGUGUGUGUGUGUGUGUGUGUGUGUGUGUGUGUGUGUGUGUGUGUGUGUGUGUGUGUGUGUGUGUGUGUGUGUGUGUGUGUGUGUGUGUGUGUGUGUGCGUUUUAUGAGAGUGUUUAUUUGAACAGACGUGUGUUUGUAGUAAAGCCUAUAUUCAGACCAAUAGACAAAGCGUUGUAUAAACAGGCUCAUUUAUCAUUUACAUUCAGAGGCAAAACAACUUGUAGAAGAGAAACUGAAUAAAACUAUUUGCAUAACUGA